AUGACUCACAGAUUCAGUGAUCUUGUGUAUGAAGGUGAAGAUGGCAUCCCAACAGAAUUCUUCUUGAAUUCCUGUUACGCAAUAGUCCCUGUUCUAAUAAAGCUUGGGUCAACAGUGUUUGCACCUGUAAAAAUGGAUUUUGUUGGAAACAUAAAGAAAAUAAAUCAGAAAUAUAUCACUAAUAAAGAAGAGUUUACAACAUUGCAAAAGAUCGUUCUCCAUGAACUAAAUGCCAGCUUAGCACAAGUGCGAAACUCAGCAACGGAGGCCCUUUUGUGGUUGAAAAGGGGACUCAAGUUUUUAUUUCAGUUCCUUACUGAAGUAAAGAAUGGUGAAAACAAUAUCCAGACAGCAUUAAGUAAUGCCUAUGGUAAAACAUUGAGACAAUAUCAUGGCUGGGUGGUAAGAGGUGUAUUUGCGCUGGCUUUAAGGGCGGCUCCAACAUAUGAAGGGUUUGUGGCUGCUCUGACUGUACAUGAAGGGGAUGAAAAACACAAGUGUUUCUUUGAUGGGAUGUCGAGAGACCUUAACAUAUACCUGCCAGCUAUGGAAAAGCAGCUUAACAUUUUGGACAUGUUGUAUGAAGAACAUGGCUUGGAGUCUGAUGAAGUAGUAUGA